AUGCGCCUAAGUUUUGCUUCUAUUCUCGGGUUGGUAAUCGCACCUGCGUUAGCAGGCUGCCCAUAUGCCCGGAGCCCGAGUUUGGACAACAACAAGAGCCCUCACGUCAAUGCGCCUCGCAAUGUUGACUCAACUUCCUCAAGCUCACCCCCUGCGUCUGCCACACCAGCAGUUGGAAAAAAGGGCGUUUUCUAUAUGAACCGCAUUGGGCCCUCGGGAUCACAGCUAUGGAUUUCCAACGCAGAUGGAACCAAUGCCACAAGGCUAAUGGGCAACAACACGGAUGCCUUUGAUUACCAUCCUACCUGGUCGGCAAACGGAAAGUGGAUCGUUUUCACUAGCGAACGACGUGGAGCAGGUCAGUCGGACUUGUACCGUGUGCAUCCUGAUGGAACAGGUCUUGAAAUGCUUGCCGGCACGGACAGUGUGGAGGAUUCCGGUACAUUGUCGCCAGAUGGGAAUAAUUUGGCAUAUGUUUCCACAUAUGGAAACUAUACGACAAAUAUCUGGGUCAAAGACCUCCAGACCGGUAUCGCGCGCAAUCUCACCGACACCCCGGCCAACCGGGCUGACAAUACCUGGCCUACUGGCCACUAUCGGCCUUCAUGGUCUCCUGACGGAAAUUGGAUUGCGUUUAGCUCGGAUAGAAACAACGACUGGACUGGUCACAGUGAAGGAGUUGGUUGGGAACACACACAGAAUCUUGGCAUCUAUAUUGUUCGCCCGGAUGGCUCAGGGUUCCGCAAGAUUCUACAUAAGGACGGCUUUUCCUUCGGCACUCCCCAAUGGUCUCCUGAUGGCAAGCGCCUCAUCUACAACAACAUGACCAGAGAGAACACCUACUAUGCGCACGGGGUUUCCUCAGAACAGGUUCUUGUUUCCUCUCAAAUAUAUAGUAUUGAUGUCGCGACAGGAAAAAACAUAAUCAAGCAUGUCGCAGAUGACCACCUCAAGGUUGGCCAGCACUACAUCGCCAAUUCGACCAACAUUGGCUAUUUGAUCAAGGCCGGUACCUCAGAGGGAAUUGGCUACAGCUCCGUUGACAAAACACACAUGUCUUUUAAUUUGACCGGUCUUCGGGAGCCCUCCUGGUCUCCCGGUGGCUCCAAGAUUGUAUACAAUGUUUUUAACUGGGAUCAGCAGGCCGGCGACCUCCAGCUCUGGAGCUUCGACAGUCAAUGGGAUUAUCGCUACAUGGAUGUUUUUCCUAUGCACAAUGUUGCGUCCAACACCCUGUCUAUCACAGAGAAGGUACUGGGAGGCGCCAACAGUUCUCUUGUGGUUUCAUCAACAAAGCAUACCGAACUCACUGACGCGCUUGACUCUUACGACAUAUACUCCGCUAGUAACGCCACAGAGGUCACAUGGUUGGAAGAAGGAAACUCCGGCGCCUUCCAGUCUUCAUUCAACCCAGAUGGCGAUGAACUCGUCGUCGGAUUCGGCGCCUGGUUUGUGACCCGGUCUACCGACACCGGUGCCAUCUAUCGCGUCACAGCCAACGGCAGCUCCUACGCUAACCUGACCGACUGGGAGAAUAAUGCUGGAUUUCCCUCGUGGUCUCCCGAUGGAUCAGCCAUGGUAUACCGUCUGUGGAACAUCGAAUCUGGUGCUCCCCAGGGAAUCCAGCUUCUCAAUUUCACUACCGGCGAGACCACCAAAUUGACCCACGGUUGGGAUAAUACCCCGGGCUGGUCUCCAGACGGUCAGCGCAUUGUAUUUACUCGCAACAAUAACUGGACCGAGUCAUACGGAGCUCGUUGGUAUGCCGAUCGCUUUGAUAUCUACACUAUCCGUCCUGAUGGCUCCGAGUUGACCCAGGUCACGGAUAGCCUGGCCAAUGAUGCACACGCUGUUUGGUCUCAAGAUGGCCGUAUAAUGUGGUCUACCGGAAUUUAUGGCUUCAAGGAUGAAAGUGCUCUCUAUGACAACACCUUUCAGCCCUACGGCCAAAUCAUGGUAAUGAACUACGACGGAAGCGACAAACACAUUGUCACAGAUACGAUUUGGGAGGACUCCAUGCCGCUCUACAUGCCUAAUGAGUAUCUUUAG